GAAUCAACUGCGCAUUAAUAUUCUAAGCUAAAGGAAUAUCACCGUUGACUAUUACUCGAAAGAAAGAUAAAUCGGAAGACCAGACAAAAUGGCAACUAAUGCGUCUCUAUUGCCAAUUAUACCUCGCAUCUUCUUCUUGUAUUUAGAACCGGUGGCAAUAACCUACGGGAUGGUUUUAAAUUACGCCUCACGGAUCCCGAUGCUCGAGCUUGCCUCUAAUACUGCAAAGGGCCUACCUAUCCCAACCUUAUUUAUGCCGUUGAUGGCUGAUGGUUACUUAUUUAACAUGAUGUUAUAUGGUCUUAUCAUUUUACUAGCAUCACCGCCCAACAAGCGUCUCGUACAACUACACAUUGGUAUCUUGAUAGUAGCCGACUUCACCCACUGGGCCGGCCUCUUCGCGACCAUCGCAGAAAGCGACCCUCGCGGAUGGGAUGCCGUAUUUGACACCACUACCUGGAGUCCGGAAACAUGGAAUUUGGCCACGUAUCCUAUCCAAACGCUCGCUAUAAAGUUCGCGACUUUGGCUGGAUUAUUCGGCAAGAUUCAGGGCUAGCGUUUAAAUCAAGCGCUGGAUGUUCUCAAGGUGGCGGGUUAUUAGCGUGGUUAGGUACCUACAUAUGCGAUCUCAUUGUAGCGAGAAGCGAUAGGCGGCAGUGGAUAGGCGGAAUACGACUUGGAAGUCACCUAACCCAAUUUCCAUUAUCUCACUCAUCCCAAGGAAUUGUCGAAGUAAAUAGUUUACGAAUUAAAGAGGCGGACAACGCUAACAAGACAUCAUAAAAAUCCCAAGCUCUAUAUGACAAUAAUCCUCACC